CCCUGUCCAGGUUCCCUCAGGGAUUCCCAGCUGGUGCCUGGGGAGCCCUUAGGCGCCUUGGACAGAGUGAGAGCCCAGGUGCUGGCCCAGUGGAGAUCUGGUGGCUGGACCCCGAGCUGACCUACGGCAGCGCCAAGCCCUUCGUCUUCACCCAAGGCCACUCGGUCUGCAAUCGCUCCUUCUUCCCCUGCUUCGACACGCCGGCCGUCAAGUGCACCUACUCGGCUGUCGUCAAGGCCCCAUCAGGGGUACAGGUGCUGAUGAGUGCCACGCAGAGCACCUACGUGGAGGAGGAGGGCGUCUACCGAUUCCACAUGGAGCACCCUGUGCCCGCCUACCUCGUGGCCCUGGUGGCCGGGGACCUGCAGCCAGCAGACAUCGGCCCCAGGAGCCGCGUGUGGGCCGAGCCGUGCCUGCUGCCAACAGCCACCAGCAAGUUGUCGGGCGUGGUGGAGCAGUGGCUGAGCGCGGCGGAGCGGCUGUACGGGCCGUACAUGUGGGGCAGGUAUGACAUCGUCUUCCUGCCCCCCUCCUUCCCCAUCGUGGCCAUGGAGAACCCCUGCCUCACCUUCAUCAUCUCCUCCAUCCUGGAGAGUGACGAGUUCCUGGUCAUCGACGUCAUUCAUGAGGUGGCCCACAGCUGGUUCGGCAACGCUGUCACCAACGCCACGUGGGAGGAGAUGUGGCUGAGCGAGGGCCUGGCCACCUACGCCCAGCGCCGCAUCACCACGGAGACCUACGGCGCUGCCUUCACCUGUCUGGAGACAGCCUUCCGCCUGGACGCCCUGCACAGGCAGAUGAAGCUGCUGGGGGAGGACAGUCCAGUCAGCAAGCUGCAGGUCAAGCUGGAGCCAGGGGUGAACCCAAGCCACCUGAUGAACCUGUUCACCUAUGAGAAGGGCUACUGCUUCGUCUACUACCUGUCCCAGCUCUGCGGGGACCCCCAGCGCUUCGACAACUUCCUGCGGGCCUACGUGGACAAGUACAAGUUCACCAGCGUGGUGGCCCAGGACCUGCUGGACUCCUUCCUGAGCUUCUUCCCGGAGCUGAAGGAGCAGAGCGUGGACUGUCGGGCAGGGCUGGAGUUUGAGCGCUGGCUGAACGCCACGGGCCCGCCGCUGGCCGAGCCGGAUCUGUCUCAGGGGUCCAGCCUGACCCGGCCUGUGGAGGCCCUCUUCCAGCUGUGGACUGCAGAACCCCUGGACCAGGCAGCCGCCUCGGCCAGCGCCGUCGACAUCUCCAAGUGGAGGACCUUCCAGACAGCGCUCUUUCUGGAUCGGCUCCUGGACGGGUCCCCGCUGCCCCAGGAGGUGGUGACCAGCCUGUCCAAGUGCUACUCGUCUCUGCUGGACUCCAUGAAUGCCGAGAUCCGCAUACGCUGGCUGCAGAUCGUGGUCCGGAACGACUACUACCCUGACCUCCACCGCGUCCGGCGCUUCCUGGAGAGCCAGAUGUCGCGCAUGUACACCAUCCCGCUGUAUGAAGACCUCUGCACCGGCGCCCUCAAAUCCUUCGCCCUGGAGGUCUUCUACCAGACGCAGGGCCGGCUGCACCCAAACCUGCGCAGGACCAUCCAGCAGAUCCUGUCCCAGGGCCUGGGCCCCGGUGCCGAGCCCAGCGCGGAGCAGGGCGGGGCCCGGGCGGAGGCGGACACGGACACGCAGGCCCUGCUGCUGGGCGAUGAGACCCCCAGCAGUGCCAUCUCUCUCAGGGACGUCAACGUGUCUGCCUAGCCCUGACCUCCCAGACACCACCGUUGUGCCUUUUGUGGCCCAGGCCUGCCGGGACUGCACGUCAGCUCUGGCCACGACUUCCACUGGGGCCCACGCGUCCCUCCUGUGGGCUCUCCCAGGGACCUCCUCGUGGCUGCUGAGGCCCGUGGACCUUGUCCCCUCAGCUCUCUUGCACUGCAGGCCCCAAAGUGGCCAGCACUCGCCACGCCAUCCUGUCUCAACACUGACUGCAGCUGCUGCCCCUGGGGUGACAGCCCGCAGUCCCUUGGCGACUGCCACACUGUGCCUUAUGUCUGCCAGGAGCCUGGGCUGCGCUGUCCCCACAGCACGCCGCCUCCCUGCAGAGCCUCUGGGCUUGGCAGCCUCGGUCGGCCCCUGGCAGAGGAACAAGGAUGCAGACAUGCCCUUAGCAUGGGGGCAGAGGACACUGAGGAAAGGGUGGAUGUCCCUGGGGAAGGGCCCCGGGAAAGCCUUAGACCCUCAGGGAACACGGGGUCCCGGGCCCCAAGAGGAGUGGGACAAGACGUCUCUCUUGGGGCUGCCCGGGGCCACUGCCACAGGACCCCACGGGGAAGGGGCAGGUGGCGCUGGUGCUCUUUUAGGCCCACCGUGUUGGGGACCCCACGAUCAGAGCUGGGCCAGCCAGGAGACCGUUGCAAUGGGUCACUGUGAUUGUGCCAUUAAACCUCCACUCUGAAAAUGA